UCCAGGUGCCCAGAUGAUUCAUUCAUGUGAAAGUGGCACAACAGUCAAACUCAUUCCAGGUGCCCAGAUGAUUCAUUCAUGUGAAAGUGGCACAACAGUCAAACUCAUUCCAGGUGCCCAGAUGAUUCAUUCAUGUGAAAGUGGCACAACAGUCAAACUCAUUCCAGGUGCCCAGAUGAUUCAUUCAUGUGAAAGUGGCACAACAGUCAAACUCAUUCCAGGUGCCCAGAUGAUUCAUUCAUGUGAAAGUGGCACAACAGUCAAACUCAUUCCAGGUGCCCAGAUGAUUCAUUCAUGUGAAAGUGGCACAACAGUCAAACUCAUUCCAGGUGCCCAGAUGAUUCAUUCAUGUGAAAGUGGCACAACAGUCAAACUCAUUCCAGGUGCCCAGAUGAUUCAUUCAUGUGAAAGUGGCACAACAGUCAAACUCAUUCCAGGUGCCCAGAUGAUUCAUUCAUGUGAAAGUGACGCAACAGUCAAACUCAUUCCAGGUGCCCAGAUGAUUCAUUCAUGUGAAAGUAGCACAACAGUCAAACUCAUUGGGUGAC